GCCCCCCGCGCUGCUGAGCCCUUCCCUGGGCCCGGGCCCAUGGCCGAGGCAGACCCCCCCGGUCCCCCCCAGGACGAGGCAGGGAAGGUGCAGGAUGCUCAGGACUCAGAUUCAGAAACUGAGAGUGGAGCUGCAUCUGGAGAGACAGAAAUGGACUUUUUACGGAAUCUCUUCUCCCGGACCCUGGGCCUGGGCAGCGGGAAGCGGGAAAAGCUAUUGGAUGAACUUUCCUUGGAAGGGGUGACCAAGUUCAUCCAGAGUGACCAAUGUCAGAAUAUCAUCUGCAUGGUAGGGGCAGGGAUCUCUACAUCUGCUGGCAUCCCUGACUUCCGCUCCCCAACCACUGGCCUCUAUGCCAACUUGGAGAAGUACAACCUUCCCUACCCCGAAGCCAUCUUUGAGAUCAGCUACUUUAAGAAACACCCUGAACCUUUCUUUGCUCUGGCCCGGGAGCUGUACCCAGGGCAAUUUAAGCCCACCGUGUGUCAUUACUUCAUCCGCCUGCUCAAGGACAAGGGGCUGCUGCUUCGCUGCUAUACCCAGAAUAUUGACACACUGGAGCGGGUGGCUGGGCUCGAGCCAGAGGACCUGGUGGAAGCGCACGGGACGUUCUAUACCUCUCACUGUGUCAGCUCCCACUGCCGGAAGGAGUAUGACCUGGGCUGGAUGAAAGAUAAGAUCUUCUCAGAGGCAACCCCCAAGUGUGAGAAAUGCCAGAGUCUGGUGAAACCAGACAUCGUCUUCUUUGGAGAGACCCUCCCAGCACGCUUUUUCUCCUGCAUGCAAUCGGAUUUCCAGAAGGUGGAUCUGCUUAUUAUCAUGGGCACCUCCCUGCAAGUCCAGCCCUUUGCCUCCCUUGUUAGCAAGGCCCCACUCGCCACCCCUCGACUCCUGAUCAAUAAAGAGAAGACAGGACAGCGGGACCCCUUCUUGGGGCUCAUGGGUAUGGGGGGAGGCAUGGAUUUCGACUCAGACAAGGCCUACAGGGAUGUGGCCUGGCUUGGGGACUGUGACAAGGGCUGUCUCGCCUUGGCUGACCUCCUGGGAUGGAAGAAAGAACUGGAGGCGCUUGUGAAAAAGGAGCACGCAGCCAUCGAUGCCCAGGCUGGGGCCGGCCUGCAUCCUCUCGGUGCCACGGGAAAGUCUGCCCAGACUGACAGGGAGCCCACCAAAGCUGAGAAAGGACAGCAGCCCCAGUGAUUCAGCCGCCAAACUACACUGGUGGGGCCAGAGACCCGGGCCCCCUCGCCCUGGGGCUGCUGCCCAGGGGACAGACACUGCCCUCAUCUCUAACCCUUGGGGGCAUGAGCAGCUCCUAAUCUCUAACCCUCCUGAGGACCUCCCUGCUCCCAACAGGACGUGGCCUGGGCUUUUAACCUACCCCUGGGAAAGAGGCACCUUGGCCCUCCACGCUCUAACCUCUAACUGUACCUGGGCUCCAGCUUCUCAGCAGAGAGAGCCUGGGCCUGAACAUCUCCCAGUCUCUAACCCUCCCCAGGGCCCUGCUCCUCGGGACUUUGGGGCCUAGAACCCCAACAUCUCCCCUCCCCAGGGAGGUUGGGAUCUCUGCCCUCAGUGUCCCUCCUAACAGCUAAUCCAGAGCCUGGGAGAUGAGGGCCCAUGCUCCCCACGUCCUCAUGCUCCCCAACACCCCACACUCUACUACCCUCCCUUGGACAUUGAAAGAGGGCGGAAAGCUGAGGGGGACGUGUCUGUGACUGGAGCUAAAUAAAGCAAAAGUGGGACCCAC